CAACAGACAUCUCUCUGUUCGCCUGAUCGUCUCCAGCCUAUCCGGUACUACAGUCCAGCAGCGCAGAACCAGCAUCAACGCCGGCCGCCGGCUCGACAUACGGCCAAGGCGCAGUCGACGCACCCCUUUCCUCACCCCUAUCCCGCCUAGCCCGUGUUCCUCUCCGUCCCCGGCUGCACCCCUCUCCCCUUCCGCGAUCGAGGCCCGUAGGCACCCCUCUGUCCGCCGGAUCUCAGGCGACGUCAGCGACGACCAAGGACAGCGGCAGCGCCACAAGAACACUUCCUCAGUAAUACAUUGUUCAGUAGUUCCUGAGGUGCACCAUGGAAAUUAUCAUCCUCAUCUCACUUGUUGUGCUUCUUGUACUGGGAGCACUCUUUGUUAUCCCAAGAUCCAAAAACAAAGGUGAAGGAAAGGAUGCACGUUCAGCCGGAAAUGGAACGACAUCUACGAGCUAUUCAAAGAAAGAGGUGUCAACACACAACACAAGGAAGGAUUGUUGGAUCAUAAUCAAGGACAAGGUUUACGAUGUAACUCCAUACGUGGAGGAACAUCCAGGUGGUGAUGCCAUUCUAAACAAUGCUGGUGGCGAUUCGACAGAGGGAUUUUUCGGCCCGCAGCAUGGCACACGAGUCUUCGACAUCAUCGACGAUUUCUGCAUCGGCAAAUUGGAAGACUGAUGAUGGGGAGGAGAGGCCGUAAAAGCUCCCAAGUGUGAACCCAUGCGCUCGUCUGCAAUUUUCUGAAGAUGACGACGACGAACGGAACCGUUUCCUAAUCGUGAUCAUGACUGCUCCAGGGCCCCCAGCUGUGUGGUUCUGGUUUCAUGUUUGACCUCCUGCUUAUUCAUACUAGUAGCAGUGUGUGACCCGACCAUGGACUAUUUCUGUGUCCUGAAUGUUUUCCGAGAUUUAUCUCUUCAUUUGAGAAGAUACGAUUUCUUAUACUUAUUUAUGGAACUUUCUCAGGGCAGACAAGGAACCGGGCCAACUUUUCGUAUUGAUUCCUUGCAUGACAGUGAGAGGCUUUACUCCAUUCAAAGAAAGCUUUUGCUCAGUCAA